UUUCCUGCUCAGGUGAAGCAGCAGCCGCAGGGUCGAGGACCGUGUCGGUGCUGUCGGUGAUUUCUGCUGCGGAACAAACAUGGACAUCAGACUUUAUUUCUUCAGCCUGUGACUAUGAGCAGCAGCGCGUCCCGGAACCAGCAGAGGAUCUUUGGUGGCUGUUUGCGGCGGUCCGGGGUACUUUGAGCCGUCCAGGUGUGGCUGCUCCACCUGCGGCUGCGCGUUCACUGCGGGUAACUUGUCGGGAUUUUUGCGCAUUGGGACAGUUUGUGUCUGUUGGAGCUCAUCAUGCCGGAGCUGAUCAGCGUCACAGAGUUUAUCGAGGAGACUAAUGACGACUACAAGGCUCCCACCACCUCCAGCUUUACCACCCGGAUGACCCACUGCAGGAAUGCGGUGGCAGCUCUGGAGGAGGCUCUGGACUUGGACCGAUCGGUUCUCCACAAGAUCAAGAAGUCGGUGAAGGCCAUCAACUCGUCUGGUCUGGCUCAUGUGGAAAACGAGGAGCAGUACGUUCAGUCCAUGCAGAAGUUCGGGGAAAACUACCUGACCAGGGGUGACAAGGAUGACGGCGACAUCGGCUCCGCCUUCACCAAGUUUGUUGUUUUCACCAGAGAGCUGUCAGCACUCUUCAAGAACAUGCUGCAGAACAUGAACAACAUCAUCACGUUCCCUCUGGACAGCCUGCUGAAAGGAGACCUGAAAGGAGUGAAGGGGGAUCUGAAGAAGCCGUUUGAUAAGUCCUGGAAGGAUUACGAGACCAAACUAGCGAAGAUCGAGAAGGAGAAAAAGGAGAAUGCCAAGUUGCACGGGAUGAUUCGCACAGAGUUCAGCGGAGGCGAAAUUGCCGAGGAGAUGGAGAAGGAGAGACGAAUGUUCCAGCUGCAGAUGUGUGAGUAUCUGCUCAAAGUGAACGAGAUCAAAGUGAAGAAAGGAGUUGACUUCCUCCAGAACCUCAUCAAGUUUUACCACGCUCAGUGCAAUUUUUUUCAGGAUGGCCUGAAAGCUGCAGAGAGUCUGAAGCCGACCGUAGAGAAACUGUCCACAGACCUGACGGCGAUCAAACAGACUCAGGAUGGAGAGAGGAAGCAGCUCGCUCAGCUCCGAGACACCCUGAAGGCAGCACUGCAGUCUGAUCAGAAAGAGGACGCCCAGGCAAAGCAGAGUGCAGGUUACAGCCUCCAUCAGCUGCAGGGUGACAAAGCCCACGGCAACGAGCGCUCCGGGGUCCUCUACAAGAAAAGCGAAGGGCUGAGGAAGGUGUGGCAGAAGAGGAAGUGCUCUGUAAGGAACGGCUUCCUGACCAUCUGUCACGGCACGCCUAAUACACCGCCAGCCAAGCUCAACCUGCUCACCUGCCAGGUGAAGAGGAACCCUGAUGAGAAGAAGAGCUUCGACCUGUUCUCACACGACCGAACUUAUCACUUCCAGGCCGAGGACGAGGCCGAGUGUCAGAUCUGGGUGUCAGUGCUGCAGAACAGCAAGGAGGAGGCGCUGAACAAGGCAUUCAAAGGAGACCAGGACGAGGGCGAGAACAACAUCGUCCAGGAGCUGACCAAAUCCAUCGUAGGAGAGGUGAAGAAGAUGAGUGGCAACGACAGCUGCUGCGACUGUGGAGCUGCAGAUCCCUCCUGGCUGUCCACCAACCUCGGGGUGCUGAUCUGUAUCGAGUGUUCGGGGAUCCACAGGGAGAUGGGGGUCCACUACUCCAGGAUCCAGAGUCUGGACCUGGACGUCCUGGGAACCUCCGAGCUGCUGUUGGCAAAUAACGUGGGAAACGCCAGCUUCAACGAGAUCAUGGAGGCAGAUCUGUCAGCACAGGAAGUAAUGAAACCAACGCCGACCAGUGACAUGCAGAUGAGGAAGGACUACAUCACAGCAAAGUACACCGAGAAGCGCUUCGCCCAGCGGAAGUGCGCUAAUGCUGAGUCCAGGCUGCAGGCUCUGUACGAGGCUGUCAGAAACCGAGACAUCCUGUCCCUCAUCCAGGUCUACGCUGAGGGGGUGGACCUGAUGGAGACCAUCCCACAACCCAACGAACAUGAACCCGGAGAGACGGUGCUCCACCUGGCGGUCCGAAUGGUCGACAGAAACUCGCUCCACAUCGUUGACUUCCUCGCCCAAAACAGCGGGAACCUGGAUAAGCAGACGACCAAAGGAAGCACGGCGCUGCAUUACUGCUGCCUGACGAACAACAGCGAGUGUCUCAAACUGCUGCUGAGGGGGAAAGCUUCAGUGUCCAUCACCAACGAAGCUGGAGAAACGCCGCUGGACAUCGCCAAACGUCUGCGGCACAAAGAGUGUGAAGAGCUGCUGACUCAGGCUCAGACCGGAAAGUUCAACGUCCACGUUCAUGUCGAGUACGAGUGGCGUCUCCAAAACGAAGACCUGGACGAGAGUGAUGAUGAGAUGGAGGACAAGCCCAUCCCACAGCGGCGGGAGGAGCGUCCGGUCAGCUGCUUCGUACCCGGCAGCGGACUCAGGCAGCCCAACCUGGCGGCGUUAGCGCGGGACGCCGCCUUCCUGGCACGGGACAAACAGAGGCCUGCGAUCCCCAGCACCAUCAUCAGCAACGAGACCUACGGCACCAUGCUGGACAUGAACCUGCCGCCGCUGGGCCAGACACCCCCGCUGCCUCCCAGAGGGCCAAGCAGAGGUAUCAAUAAAGGACCCACCGUGGAAUCAGUAGGCAGACAGCGGUCGUCCUCCGACCCUCCCAACCCUCAGACCCCUGAGAGGAACUCCUUUGUGUACGUGCUCCCUGCACCACCACCACCACCUCCUCCUCCUCCUCUUCCUCCUCUUGCACCCAGCAGGAGAACUGGCACGUUGGAGACCAAAGCCACCUCAGCCAAGAACAUCCCCCUCGCUCCUCUGCCUCCCCAACCAGCAGGAUUCUCCUCAGCCAGCCCGGUGUCUCCAGUCCCAGCACCGCCCUGCAUCCCACCUCCAUCACCACCCCGCCAUAAAGUUCCUCUCCUCCCACCCAGCCACCAGGCCAGAGGACCACCAGGAUCCAAAGCCCCCAUGUCUCCUCCUGCAUCAGUGAAGAUUCCUCCUCCUGAGAGACCUGCAGGCAGGACUCAAGCAGACAAACAAGGUCGUCAGGCCGUAUCCCCCCCAAAUCCAUCUCCUCCACCCCCCAAACCCAGAACUGCCUUUUCUAAGCAGAAGCCUCAGAGGGUGAGGGCCAUCUACAACUGUAAUGCCGAUAAUCCAGAUGAGCUGACGUUCUCUGAGGGAGAGACGAUCGUGGUGGACGGCGAGGAGGACGGCGAGUGGUGGAUUGGGCACAUCGAAGGAGAGCCGACCAGGCAGGGAGCGUUUCCUCGCACCUUUGUUCACUUCCUCUCAGAGUGAUUCGCCUCCAUGCUCUUCACCGACAGACUGAGGGGAAACAUCAGGACCUCCCGUGGACCUGAGGAGACUCUGAGACCCAGAAACAUCCAUCGCCCCUGAUAUCAAACGCUGAGCCCUGCAGGACACCUCCGGCUUUCCAUCUUCACUCAUGUCCUUGUUCAAUCUCUGAACUUUAAAGUUUCUAAAGACUAAAAAUCUGUGUGCAAAGUGUCCAAAAUGUCCUUAAAAACAUGCAGCGGCCAAAAAAAACAGGACCAGAGCUUCAGAUGAGAGCAGAUCUGACCAAAAGUAUGUGGACUGUGUGUGUGCGCGCCUCAGUGAUGUUUACAUGCAGCAGAGCUCUCUGUGCAGUGCCUCUACAGGCAGAGAGCAGGAACUACAGAAGGUUCCCUGAAGGCUAACCUGCAUGCUGAAAAUCCUUCACUGCCUUCAGAAAACAUGAACAAACCGCCUCUGACUGCACGACUGCUCUGUGUUUUUCUACUUCCUGUUACACAUGAAAAUAUUCAUUCAAAGAAAUAACUGAAAGGACUUCAUCUCCACCGGACCACAGACCCAGAACAGCGUCCACAUACUUUUGGCCUGAUAUGAUGCACGCUCCUGCUGUGCUGCUGGGGUCCAGCUGGUGGCGCCACAGUUUCUGUUUGUAAUGGCCUCAGGAUGAAAUGAUUUUUAUUAUUUUAAUGUUAAGAUCAGACAUUUAAUCUGAGGAGAAAAUCUAAAUGUCCUUUAAAUUUUAACAUAUUUUCAGUUUAUUAAAAACAUCAU